UUUUUCUUUAGUUAAGAAUCGUAUUCGGUCGUGAAAGGAGUGUGUUCAGUUGCAGUAGACUUUGAUUGCUCAGUGCUUGUGUGGUUACAAUAUAAAAACAGAUGAGUGACGAGGUGUUAGGCUAUCGAAAUACUCGGAGGCGCUUUCGCGCCAGCUGGAUCUGUUAUGGGUGGUCGUAGGAUUUUCAAAGCUGCAGCGGUGCUGAUAGCUUUAGGGUACAGUAGUUUGUUAGUAUACCAAGGCGGGGUAACUUUCAACUUUCAAGAAAAUCGGCAGGGAUCAGUGCAAGUGUCUGAUUUAUCGAUCGAGCCAGUUACAAAAACAAAUAUUUAUGACAGUGCAGUUAAUAAGUACAUAAGUUUAAAUGACAUUUUUAUAAGUGUGAAGACAACAAAACAUUAUCAACAUACAAGAUUACCAAUUAUCUUGAAAACAUGGUUCCAGUUAGCUAGAGAACAGACAUGGUUCUUUACAGACACAGACAAUCGCCAACUUCAAGACCAAACUAACGGUCACAUGGUUAACACAAAUUGCUCGGCGUCGCAUCAGCGCAAACAUCUCUGUUGCAAAAUGUCUGUUGAAUACGAUCAUUUUUUGGAAAGCGGUAAAAAAUGGUUCUGUCACUUUGACGACGACAAUUAUGUGAACGUACCUCGUCUGGUCAGCAUCCUUCAGCAGUACAACCAUCAAGAGGACUGGUAUUUGGGAAGGACGUCAGUGUAUGAACCUGUUAAAAUAUACAAAAAACCGACCAAUAAGUUGAUGUUUUCAUUCUGGUUUGCGACCGGCGGAGCUGGAUUCUGCAUAAGUCGGAGCUUAGCAUUAAAAAUGUUACCUGUUGCGAGUGGCGGAAAAUUUAUAAGUAUAUGUGAGGGUAUCCGGUUACCUGACGAUGUCUCUAUGGGAUUUAUCAUAGAACACAUGAUGAAAAAAAAUCUAACGUUGGUGCCGGAAUUUCAUUCGCAUUUGGAACAAAUGAAGCUUUUAAUACCGGAGACGUUCCGGAAUCAAAUCAGCUUUAGUUACGCGAAGGCGAAGGACGAAUGGAAUGUCGUCAACGUGCCGGGAUUUGAUACUGUCUACGAUCCCACUAGGUUCCUCUCGCUGCAUUGUUUUCUUUUCCCCCAUUUUAAAUUCUGCCCGAGAUAAGUUGGGAGCACAAAGAGCCACUCUUCCAAUAAAAUGUGUUACUCUCCGCUCUCUAUAAACAAUUUGAGGUUGUUUCUCCACAAAACAAAUAUUUAUUAUUGAUUAGUGCAAUAAAUUUAAGUGCUUCUUUAACUGUUUCUAUUUUAGU